GCUAUAGCUAGUAUCCACUCUACAAAAUGGCCAGGUCUUUAGCUCUCUCUCUCUGCUUGCUUGUUCUCUUUCAUGGCUGCUCAGCCUAUCGCCAACAAUCUCCGUCCAGCCAGCAAAAUGAGUGCAUGCUGAACCAGAUCCAAGCCCGCGAGCCCGACAACCGCAUUGAGACCGAGGCGGGUCGGAUCGAGUCAUGGGACUACAACCAGGAUGACUUCCAGUGCGCCGGAGUCGCCGUUCAGAGAAUCACCGUCGAGCGCAACGGCCUUCACUUGCCUUUUUACACCAACAGUCCUCGCCUCCUUUACGUUGUCCAAGGUAGGGGUCAACUAGGAAUGGUGAUCCCCGGAUGUCCCGAGACUUUCGAAGAAACCGAGCAAUCUUACGAGGAACAACUACAGGGCUCGCAACAGCAAGGGCAAGGGCAACAAGGUCGCCAGCAAAUUGGACGCCGACAAGGCCAACAGGGACAACAAGAGAGCUUCGAACAGCUAGACCGACACCAGAAAGUGCGACCCGUCAAGGAAGGUGACGUUAUCGCCGUCCCCGCCGGAGUCACAACCUGGUCCUACAACGACGGUGACCAAUCUCUUGUUUUCGUCUGUCUUCAAGACACCAGCAACCUUCACAACCAACUUGACCAAAUCCCAAGGCGAUUCUAUCUUGCUGGUAACCCACAAGAUGAGUUCACCCAACAAGGCCAAAGCCGACAUUCGAUCGCGAGACAACAGGGAAAGAUCAGACACCAACAACAGGGAAACAACAACAACAACGUCUUUGCCGGCUUCGACACCAGACUCCUUGCCGAUGCUCUCAACAUCGACCAACAGACCGCCCAACAGCUCCAGGGACAGAACGACAACAGGCCACAGAUCGUUAGGGUUCAGGGACGCCUCGACUUCGUCCAGCCCCCAGAGUCAAUGAGGGAGGAAAGACAACAACAAGGACGACAAGGACAGAAUGGUUUUGAGGAGGUAUUCUGCCACAUGAAGAUGAAGCAGAACAUCGGCAAGCCUUCAAUGGCUGACGUCUUCAGCCCACAAGCCGGUCGCAUCAGCGUCCUCAAUGGCCUUAGCAUGCCCGUUCUCAGGCACCUCCGUCUCAGCGCUGAGAGAGGCUUCUUCUACAACAACGCUAUCUACAGCCCACACUGGAACUUGAACGCCCAUGAAGUGUACUACGUCAUCAGGGGCAGCGCUAGGGUUCAGGUGGUGAACGACAACGGUGAGACCAUCUUGGACGACCAGGUCCGCCAGGGACAGCUCUUCAUCGUGCCGCAGAACCACGCCGUGCUGCAAAAGGCCAUGAGCAAUGGAUACGAGUACAUUGCCUUCAAGACACAAGACAAUGCCAUAAUCAACACCUUGGCUGGCAGGACCUCCGUCCUCCGGGCACUCCCCGACGUGGUCCUCGCCAAUGCUUACCAGAUGGACCGUCAGCAGGCAAGGAACCUCAAGUACAACAGGCAGGAGACUGUUGCCUUGAGCUCCUCAAGAUCUUUCCAGUCCGAGAGGGCUAGUGCUUAAAUAUAUCAAUAUAUGUAUGUAAAAAUGUGAUGCGGCAUGUAGUGUUUUAGCAUCAAGCUAGCUAAGGGGUAGAGUUCGUCAGUUCGAGGGAAUAAAAGUGCCUUGUAUGGCUCUUUUGUAGUAUGGGAGAUCCAAUGUACUAAGUUAUAGUACUAGCUGCUACGUAUAUGUACGUACUUGUAACGUUAUGCUUUCUAAUGAAGUUUUCACUUUUUUGGUUUGCCUUGAUGAU